CAGAGAUGACCGUCCUGAUAUUGCGAUUAGUAGUGAGUGUGAUCAAGAUUCUAAUAGACAAUCUGAUCAUGAAGUAUCAAAGUUGCCAGAGCUAGAGCAAUGUAAGAUGGACAGCUCUAUAGACACUGAUGAAAAAUCUUUUCCAUCAGAGACUGGGGUUCCCUGCACAAGGCCAGAUUGGGAUUGGAGAUUAGAUUUGCAAUCCCAAAUGCCAGUCAGCUCAAAAUUGGAUGUGGAAGAUAAUAUCUCAUCAUUUGAUAGCCAAAGGCAUCACCAUGAAGAGGAUGUUACCCACUCGCGGUUUUUGUCUAGUUCUUCAAGUUCCAAUUCGGAUGCAAAUCAUUUGGCUGCUCGUUCUUCCCUACCUUGCGAACCUUCAAGUGUAAACGGUUCAAACUUGAGGUUCCCUUCGGAUAGAGGCAGCAGCAAUAGAUUGCAUCUUCCAAAUGGGUUUGGUGAGCAAUCCAUGUUCACUGUGGAGCACUCUCUGUUUGCUAAUGAAGGCAGGAACAAAGUUCGCAGUGCAGAGGAUGAAAUAAUCUCAAACAUUUUGUCACUCUACUUUGAUCCUUGGGAUGAAUCCUUAACUUCACCCCACAAUUUGGCGGAGUUACUCGGUAAAGUUGAUCAGCGAUCCAGUCCUGUGAAACCUUCGAACCUCCUGAAGCAACAUAACAGCCAGUCCAGAUUUUCUUUUGCACAAGAAUCUAGUAAUCAAGCAUUUGACAGGGAGAACCAUAGCAUUUAUGGGCAGUUUUCAAGAGAGAGGCCUAUUCAAGAGUCUGUAGUGAGCCGAGAUAUUUAUCGGGGUAAUCUCGGGAAUCUAAAUGGAUUUGCUUCAAACUAUUCCGGUGGAUUAGAUAAUGUUUCUGCUAGUGCUUUAUUUUCAUCGUACAAGACUCCUGCAGUUACACGACCUCAAGUUUCUGCUCCUCCAGGAUUCUCUGCCCCCAGCAGGUUACCUCCUCCUGGCUUCUCUUCACAUGAAAGAGUGGGCCUAUCUUCAGAUACGGCACCAGGAACUCGUUUUCUUGACUCUGCUGCCAUGUUGAGGAAUACAUAUCAAGUACAGCCUCCAGUUGGGAAUCCGAGUGGUGCGAGUGAUAUAGAGUUCGCGGAUCCUGCUAUUCUAGCGGUUGGAGGAGGGAUGGUAAAUGCAGACUUGGAUAUGAGAUCAAGUUUCUCAUCACAAAUGAAUUCUUAUGGGAACGAGACAGGACUCCAAAUGUUGAGACAUCAGUCUCUGUCUGCUGCACAACAACAAGUCAAUGGGUUUCAUCAUGAUCUCAGAAACUUAUCUCCUUCACUUGCAGAAACUUACGGAUUUAGCUCAAGGUUAAUGGACCAUCAGGCACAUGGAAGUAAUUUAUCUCUUUUCUCACAGCACCCAAGACAACAACCAUCUGCAAAUCCAGUGUUGUCUAAUGGUCACUGGGAUAAGUGGAAUGAAGGCCAAAGUGUGAACUCUCUAGGCAUGGCCGAGCUUCUUAGGAAUGAACGGUUGGGAUUCAAUGGGAGCCUAUACAACAACGGAUAUGAAGAACCGAAUUUUCGGCUUCCAAGUCCGGGAGAUGUGUAUAAGAGAACAUAUGGGAUGUAAUUCUGGCAUUAAGAGAGGUUUUCUGCUUUGUUGGAUUUGCUCUGGUUGGUCCCAAGUUGCUGGAAGAAUCAUCAAAAACUGCUUCCAAUGCUAUUGAGUGAAGAUGCAUGGCCCCAACAUAAUUUCACCAAGAGCAUUUUUUAACUCUAAGGUAAACUUUUAUCUUAUAAAGUGUUAUGUUAGUCUAUCCACGGGGUUUGAUAGUAUUUUGACCGUUGUUUUCUCUAUUGCAGGAGCUGAAGAUAUUGAUGUUUGGUUGCCUUGUUGAUGCAUGUAAGUGUCCAAGUCCACUGGUAACAGAGAUAGAAGUUGUGUCGCCGCUUCUUAUUUGUUUUCCUAUUCAAAACCGUAAUUCAAUUUAGUUCUAAGACAAAUUUUUUCUUUCUCAAACAUAAUUUUAUACAAAAUCAUAUUGUUAUAGCAAAAACAUAUAUAAAAAGAGAAAAGAAAUCGAAAUAUUACUGUUGAACAGUUGAACUA